CACAGCAUACCAGCGUGAGCGCGCAUCACUUCCUGUGCAUCGCAUGCUGGGCGCUUUCAACUCCGACAGGACAGGCGACGGACGGAGUCAUAUAAAUAGACACGAGUUACGGAAUAUCUGAGUGAAUAGUCCACCAAACUGUCCGCGUUUCAUCAGACACUGACUCCUGUCAUUUGAGCAGCUGGCAUUGGAUGGGGUGUUGGACCCUCCUCCUGCACAACGACAGAAUGAGACAAUAGCUGGGGGUGUUGGAAAUCAGCCCCCCUCCUCCUCUUUGUUUUCCCCCUCCUGCAUAUCCAAGAAGCAUAUCCAUACUCGCUAUCUUACACCAACCCUCUACAAAACAAUACUUUGGACCUUUGUGGCCCCCACACUUUACUUUGUAGGGACCAUGAGACUUUUACACGACCAUUGCUGCUGAGAACUUCUGGGAACAAAACCCGUUUGCUUUCAGCCAGUGGACACUUCCUUCCAUUCUUGCAGCUUUGGUGGAGCUUAACAGAAGCUCAGUAGAUCAUUGAAUCAUGAAAACACCAGAGGACCACUGGUAGUUUCCAUUUGGAGACUGCUAGUGAGAGAAGCAAAUCUAAUUCAACCUGCAGCAGAACAUCUGUUUAAAUAAAUGAUACCUCUCCUUUGCCGUUUCAUCCAACUCAUCUGAAGUGCCUUGUGCUUCAUCGAACUGUUUACAUCCACUCCACAUAUCUGAUCUAUCUGCCAAUCCUUGAAACGAUUUGUUUGUUUACAUUUCCAGGCCUUAUAGCUUCCAAGACGUAUCUGUUUCAUUACUUUCUCCUGUUUGCAUGUGAGUAAAAGUUUGAAGUAUUUAAGAUACGAGGAAUGAGACCACCGUAGAAUUCAGUUUCUCAAACCUAUCUAACCUUAACUCACUCAGACUCUCAAACGUGGUACAGUACUUCCACUGAACAGUUCCGUCACCAUGUACACUCUCCAGUCCAAAUGGCGCUACCUAAUCAUGUUCUUAGGCGUCCAGUUAGUGGUCAUGGCUCUUCUUUCUAGAGAGGGCUACCAGAAAAGAGUGUCAUAUUUUUUCCGGAUUUUCCGAAAGGCGGAUUCUACAACAGGACACACAAUUGGUGUACGCAACCACACGGAUGUUUACGCCAACCUCUCCCUUUUGGGCCCUGCUCUUAAUAAAGAGGACAUGCCCUACUGCCCCAAGCAGUCUCCUCUGACUGGUGGACCAAUUCAUGUCACUUUCCCCUCCGGGCUUACGCUUGCUGAGGUGGAGAGAAAGAAUCCACUUGUUGUCCGUGGAGGGCGAUACAGGCCGCCAAACUGUGAGGCUCGCCACCGCACUGCAAUAAUCAUUCCCCACAGAAACAGGGAGCACCACCUCAAGUUCCUCCUCUACUAUCUGCAUCCCUUCCUACAGCGUCAGCAGCUCAACUAUGGCAUCUAUAUCAUUCACCAGGCUGGUAAUUACACCUUUAACCGAGCAAAGCUGAUGAACGUGGGAUUUCGCGAAGCCAUGAGGGAAGAUGACUGGGACUGUCUCUUCUUUCAUGACGUGGACCUCAUUCCCGAGGAUGACCGCAACACCUACAUCUGUGACGCUCACCCCAAACACGCUGCCAUUGCCAUGGACAAAUUUGGCUACAAGUUGCCUUAUAAGAUGUAUUUUGGAGGAGUAUCGGCUGUGACCCCUGUUCAGUACCUCAAAAUGAAUGGCUUCCCAAACAAUUACUGGGGCUGGGGUGGUGAGGACGAUGACAUUGGUGUCCGGGUCUCACUUGGAGGAAUGCUAAUCAGUCGUCCGUCUCUAAAAGUGGGCCGAUAUAAGAUGAUCAAACACAAGCACGACAAAGGCAAUGAAGUGAAUCCCAAAAGGUUUAACAUGUUGGCCAAGACCCGGCAUACGUGGAAACAAGACGGUAUGAAUACGGUGGAGUAUGAGAUCGUAUCCCGGGAUUACCAGCCUCUUUACACCAACAUCACGGUCAACAUUGGCACCGAGGCAGGCCUGCACCCGCCUAAAAAAAAAGCUGCUUCUUAGCUGACUCCCAGCAUUCUUGUGGAUCCCAGAGGCACAAGUCUUAGCGCCAGUGCCACACUGCCUGCAGACCACUUCACCCACAUGCACAUGGCCAGAGAGUUCAUGGGACAUCAUGCCUUUACUGCACCACAGACCUUCUGUUUUCCUCUAUAAUAGCGGUGCCAUCUAGUGAUCCCAUGAUUCUCUGUCCUUUCUCUCUCUUUUUCUCCAAAGUUUGACAUUCUGAUCCUGUGCUCACUGGUUCACUUUAUAAGUCAGGAUGCUG